AUGGAAAUUCGUAAAAAGAGGAAUAAGGAAGUCCUAUUCAGAGAAAGAUUGCCUGAGGACCGCUUUGAGGACUAUACAAAUGUGACUCCUUGGGAAAAGUAUUGCAUUUCUUGGUAUAUAUUUCUUCAGGUUCAUCUCCGACUUACAGAUUAUAUUAUUGGACUGGCUGAAGAUGAAUCUGGUCCAAUUUCUCUCAUCAGAACUGCAAUUGCUUCUUUCGAUUCCUUUGAAUUCAGAGUCGAAAAUUUCAUAGCAUGUCCUGUUUCGACAACAAAAAAACUGGAUUUUGAAAUAUCCAGGGUAUUGAUUGUUGCAUCUACAUAUGAUCUUAGGGAAUUUAUUCUUAUCUCUCCUGCUGAUCCUGACGCACGAAGACUGGUUGGAACUACUCGAAUUCGUCUACUACUGAGUUCCAUUGAAAUGGCUCUUGCGGCAUCUAAGUGUGAAUUGCCAGUGUUAGUAUCAUAUGGUAAUGACAAGCUCUAUCAUGGUCUGCGUCUUUAUCGAGCGGAGCUCACAAAUUCACCUCUACCUUUCCAUAAUUUGGUGCCGGAUUCGGGAUUGAAGAAAAUUGAAUAUGCAAUGGGACCCUCGGAAUUACCCUAUGCGGAAACACACCUGGCCAAACUUCGAGAUAUCUUUCUUGAAAAAGUCGGUACUUGUAAGAAUUUGGACAUUUUCGUCCUUCAGUACUUUCGUUUGGUCAAUCUAAGAUUUACUGGCCAAUCCUUCUCCCAUCUCGAUAAUCCCGUGGAAUUUGUAUGUUCACCGGAACGUCUACUUUCUCAAAUCCUCCUUCAUUUACAGCUGAAUUUGUUUGCAGAUUCUACGGACCUUCACUCAGAAGUCAUCAAUAAUGAUCCCGAAUUCAGGCUGGUUAAAUCCUCACAGAGUGAUUGGUUCGCCGAUUGCGUCAUGUCAGGAGCCAACUAUUCUCUUGUCGAUAUUGAGCGUCAUAGUCUAUUCCAACACCUUAACUUGGCUCUUUCAUUUGUAGGUGAUGUAUGGGAAUCAGUCACGAAAGCCCUUGCUUCCAACUCCGUCAAACCUCCCAAGAACCUGGAUUCAUUCGUUAAAAGCAUUUUGGAUGGCGCAUUAACCACAGCAUUUAGUCAGGAACCGUCCACUUCACUUCUCUUUCCAAAGUCCUUUACGACUCAAGAAUCUGACAACGAGGUUCUACCUGAUGUGCCAAAGUGUCAUUACACUGGAACUUCAAUCCGUGUUUUACUGGUCGCCCUACAUAUAAUCACCUUGCGUCUUUCAUCAAAUGCCUUCUCCAAAGUUGUCUUUGGUGCCUGGGUGACCUUCCUCAAAUACCUCGAACGCGCGCCUGAGGCAGAACUACUUACAAUCCAUCCUGUUGAUGAUGCUACGGUUCCUUUCUCUGACUCCCCGGUUGAUCGGACCCUUUUCGUGAUCUUGCAACAUCAUUCUGCUCUUGCUUUGACAAGUCGCGAAUCGACGAAAUCAAGCGAGGACGAAUUCUUUGAUGCGGUUGAAGAACAAGAUUUUCACCAUUCAGGAGCGACACCGCAAAACUGCCCAAUUUGUCGUCGUGCCUUUGAAGAUUUGGAGGCUAUAUCAAUAUCCGCGAUCGCUAAUUGGAUAGCACCCUACCUUCUCGCUCAUCAUAUUUCCCUAUUUCAUCAUUUUGUUGUACCACCUUCAUUAACCACUUGGUAUACCUCUCGAUUGCGUGAUCUUCGCAAACAAAUAUCGGACCAUCAUUCAGACUACGAGACACUCUUGCAACUCAUCAACGACUUCCACCGUCGAAGCUUGUGUGCCGUUAGUCUGCACACGUUCUUCAAAUUCUGUGGUACCCACAAAGAACUCGGACCGGUGGUUCAAGAACUAUCCGAUCGCCUUCACGAGUGGAGUAUUUACCAAGUGACAAAAUCCCUUCCAAUUGACCACUUCAACAUCUCAAAGCAAAUGGCCUUAUCACUCGAUCCCCAAACUCGUUCUAUAAUAGCCGAAAGCCUCACGAGCCCACUCAUCAACUCGCCAGGAGCGACCACAAUUGUUCCAAUCUCUCUGCCCAUUGACACUACUGCGCAGUCAGCAUCUGAGCUAACCAUCCAAGGAGCUAGUGAGGAGCCCUUCCCAGCAUAUCGCCUCGUGAGCAUCUCAGCUAGAUACGGUGCACGCAGGCCAAAUCCCACCUUAAGCGCGCCCACUCCUCAACGUCUCUUUGCCUGCAUUCGCUACCCACCAACACAUGGCGAAGAAGAUCCCACGACUGUUCCAGACAAACUCCAAUUCAUCCGCAAUGGACAGAGCGAGGCCUUGGAUUUUAAAACUACCUACAAGGAGCAGGAUUCCAAUUGUCAGAUCCUUUUGGCCGGAUGUUUUGGAGAAGACUGUGACAUCAGAUGA